CCAGGUGACGCUGACGGGCACUUGUCAAUAUGGCGCCCGGACCUCCAAGAAUUUUUCUUUCCUCUCUAUUUAUUUUCUUCAAAGGAAACAACAAAAAUGACGCAUAAAUCUGGUGACAGCAAUGUAGCAUCAUGCCUAGGGUGGGUAGAAAAGGGAGGCAGCAAAAGAAAGCGGUUUACAGCACAUUUAGUGAUGUGACAUUGAAUGAUUAUGCAAAUGCUGACAAGGGAGGAGGGACAUCUUUUCGAGUCAAGAAAGGAGCCGCCAAGGCAAUUGAAAAAGAAGUACGGCAACUGCUGAAAGAGCCAGCAGGGACAGUGGCCACUGUGGGGGAGGACCUGAGCUGGUUUGAGAAGGACUUGGAGGACUUCCACAUUGCCACAGAGGACGACAAGGAUCAGAAUGUGGAGGACAAUGGCGAAGGUGAAACUGUUGUUGAAACAAGGCGCCGCCGCCGCAAGACCAAGUCACAGUCUGAAGGAGAUGAAAAAGGAAUAGUCUAUCCUUAUGAUUUGUGGUACCAGCUCAGUUUGCAUGUCCAUCCAGAAGAUGUGGGACGCUUUGCUGCCAUUUGUCGCACUGCCUGUUGCCUCGUCUAUUCCAGCGCUUUCUGGCGGAACAUGUAUCUCAGGUAUUUCGAAAAGUCUGUGAAGCUGCCUGAUGAUCUUCAACCAUCCAAUAUAGAACGCAUCCGUGGAUUACGAGCCCGCGUGAUCCGCUCCAUGUUCUACCUCUAUCGACCGCUGGCGGGCAGGACCACACCCCUCGUACCAUUUGAAAACGAGCCCCACGAGCUACAGGGACAGCGCUGUCACCUGUCUUGGCACCAGCCUGUGAAAAACAUGUGGAACUUCUGCUUCAAGUUCAGCAAGGGACAGACUCCUACUCGUCCAUUCCUACCAACAAAAAUGGCAACAAAACACGACUUGCUUCCUGGCUACAAUGAUCUCUUUUACAACACCGAGGAUGGAUGUCGAAUCCUGCAGGUGACAGUUCAAAACUUCGUUGCCAUUCCAAUGGUCAUGGGGUUAGUCUUGAGCAAGGUUUACCUUACUAUCAGUGCACAGAUAAGAUACUACCGUCUCCGCAUGUUGUUUGACACCAGUUUGCAGGGAGGUAACUCUAACUCAGCUGAGAUGAUCGUUGACCUUGACCCUGUUGUGGACAUCCGAGUUUUACCUUGGUGGGAUCCAAAGUAUCCCUUCACAUGUUGACCUUGUUACCAUGGUUACCGAGUUCAGGUUUUUUUACAGACUAUGUUUUUAAAAGCAGUGGUUAUUGAGGGAACCUAGUUUUUAUCAAUACAGGACAUAUUUAUUUGAUAUUCACUUUACUGUUAUAUAUGUCUGCGUUGUGUUCUGUUUCAGCUGGUUACCAUGGUAACUGAUAUGAUCAUUCAUUUAAAAAAGUUACAGGACAUUUGUUAUGGUUCAAAUUAUUGCUCUUAAAGCAAUGUAUAGAGAUAGGGUUUUGUAAUUAUUUUUUGGGUUAUUAUAUGAAACAUUGGAUAAUUGUCGUAUUUUGUUUCACUUUAUAAUCUAUGGAAGAUUAAACAAAAAAAUAAUUAUAUUUUGGGGAUUUAUAGCACUUAUUCAGUUAUUAGAUGUUAUGCAAAGUAAUUUGGGUGUAGUAGUCUUGUCCACACAAAAAAGGCGUUUUAUUGAGUCGAUUAGACCAGAACAAUUGUUUAUUUGUUUGUUGAUUUGUCUGGUGAGGAAGUGACAGCGAUCUUGUUUUGAAUUGAUAAAUACAACAUGUACAUUGGAUAAGUACAUUAGUAGUUCUGAUUGAUGGCAGAAUCUUGUCAUCAUCGUCACAGAGAGUAUCAAAUAAAUAUCACCCAAAAAUAUAGAAUGUUCAUGGUUUAUACAGUUUUGUACUGUACUGUGCUAGCCUGAAUAUAUUGCAAUAUGUGAAAAUCUGACUGUUAGAUCAGUGUGAAUCAUAACAUUUGAAUCCAUCUUCCUGGAACUGACAAAUUGCCAAAGUCUAGUCCUCGUUUAAAUCUUUAAAAAAUCACCACUACAUAAUCAUUUUUCGAUUUUUAUCUCAGCAGCCAUCCCAAUUGCGUGGAUCGAUGCUCAUGAUAUCAAUCACUGGAUUGUCUUGUCCAGCCUCGAUUAUUUACAGACCGCCAUCGUAAAGCUGGAAUAUUGCUGAGUGCGGCGUUAAACAACAGACCAAACAAUCAAAUCAUAUGGAACAAAUACAAUGUACUCAAUGAAAACAAUCAGAAAACAUGCAUAGCUAGAUUUCAUAUUGAUCAUGUAGUCAUUCCAUUCUGUCUUUGAGAUAAGGUAGGUGUCCUUCUGACAUAUCAGUAAUCACUUUUAUCAAGAAAUGGUAUAUUUGUAUUAAUAUACAUAUUUUUUCAUUUUUUAUUUUUUCUCUUUGCUCAAACUUACAUUAUGAAACUUUUUGUGUGACUCUCCAUCUUUGUAAGUGAGCGUGGACAUGGUCAGACCAAUUCAAACUAAUGUCAUUUUAAAGGAUAUAAUGUUUGUGUAGGUUGGUGUGGGGUUAAUGUCUCGUUUGCCCUAUAAAUCUUUAUUCUUCAGUUGGUAAGUGGGACAUAAUUAGUUUUAGAGGAAUAUUACAGCUAUGGCUAUAAUGUCUGAUUGUUGACCAUUGUUACUCAUUAUAUUUCGAGAAACUUUUGUAAAAGAAAAUCAUAAAAAAGAAAUGGUAGCGUUUGGGUUAUACCGUAUUCGAUGUAAUGAGCGCCCUCGGCGCUCACAAAAUUAGAAAUAGGUGGUUCUUAUUAGAAUAUUGUUUGGGUGAGUAAAAGUUGAGUUGAAAGAUAAAUUUUCGUGGUUUAUGCUGACAGCCUGAAAUGUUUAUGUACUACAGAUAUAUUUUCCAGAAUUUAAUUGCCCAUAAUCAAGGGUGCAUAAAACACACGAGUGCGUAUUAUGCACAAAUAAAUAAGUCUUGUGUACAUUGAUCAAUCGGAAGGGGUGAUAAUUGGGAUUGUUUACUAGCCAAUAUAUUAGCAAAUAUCGCCAUGGGCGCUUAUUACGUUGAAUAAUAAGGACAUUACACCAUAACCAUUAUUCUGGAUUAACAAGGUUAAGUGUACAUCUUUAAGAUGGGAUUGUCUGGAUUAACACGGUUAAAUGUACAUCUUUAAAGAUGGUAUCGUGUGGAUUAACAAGGUUAAGUGUACUUCUUUAAGAUGGGAUCGUCUGGAUUAACAAGGUUAAGUGUACAUCUUAAAGAUGGGAUUGUCUGGAUUAACAAGGUUAAGUGUACAUCUUUAAGAUGGGAUUGUCUGGAUUAACAAGGUUAAGUGUACAUCUCUAAAGUGGUCUCAUCUGGAUUAAGAGUGAGUGAGUUGGGUUUACCGCCCCUUUUAACAGUAUUCCAGUUAUAUCGUGGUGUGUCAGCUUAAUCUGAGAGGAAAGCCCGAAGUGAUGCAGGUCUCAGACGUUUACCACUUCAGUGAAACCCACGAGCACGGGUAUGGUGCUGACAAACCUAGAAACAUAAUCGGGGCGAACCGGGAUUCAAACACACAAUCAUAGGUUUCUGGCGUGUCCAUGGGACGCAACUGUGCACAGCAAAUCGCUGCACCUUAGACGACCGGGCCACCCGUGCCCCCUCCGGAUUAAGAGGGUCAGUGUACAUCUUUAAGAUUGAGUGAAUUGUUCACCCCCUUUACAUGCAAUCUUCAGAAGAGAGGGACCUUGACCUACCAUAUUUACCUUGAGUGACAGAAAUUCACAUCAAAAGUGCAAGUGUAGAGUUGACUUUCUAUUGAAUGAUCUAUUCAAUGUUCUGAGAAAGGGGUAUGAAUCUAUUGACUGCUUUCCUUUUCGUUAAGAUGUGUGAGUAGCCUAGUGGUUGAGGUGUUCCUUUCGUUUUGCAGGAAUUGUAUGUUCUGUACCUCUCAUGGGUACAUCAUGCUGUCCAUCACAGUAAUCAGGAUGUUGUAAUGGUAAGGGGAUGACCGUGUGAUACUUGGGGGAAGUGGAUAUUCUGUUCCCCAAAAUUGAUGGAAGAACAAAAUGUCCUCAGGAUGUAAAAACAAAUAUACUCUUCAAAAAAAGAAAUGCAAAGCCAUAUUUGUGUGAGGUAGGAAAAUACAUUUAUACAAGGAAUCAUACAAGGUAUUGAGCCAAAAUGUUCUGGAGAGAACACUUGGUGAUCGUAGUCUUCUCAGUUAGGGGUACAUAGGAAAAGUCUGAGGUGAAGGUCAGAUACCAUCAAUAGCGCGUCUAGAUGUUGUGAAAAAUAAUAUUCUGUCUCAAACAACCCAACAACCCCACCCCACCCUCCUUUUCAAGCAGUCAAAAAUAUUGAUUGUUCUAUUAUUAUUGAAUAUUUCAAACUAGAUCCAGACAAAAUGUGUGCCAUUCUUAAUCCAUUUGAUUGUUUUCUCUAGUGAAAAUGGUAUUAAUAGCAUGAACGUAAUUGCAACUUGUUUUACUUUUGCUUGUUCUGUUAUUCAUUAUGACGAAUAAAAUAAAUGAAUGUAAUGCCAGAACCUGUAUAAAGUGUAAUUUGUUUGACUGAAGAGGUGCACGUUAACUGGCACAGUAAUACGAAGAGAAAUUUCUGUUUACUGUUUUAAUGACUACUCUUCGAAAACAGAAAUUUUUUCCACGUACUGAAAUAUAUGCAGUUUCUCAUACUUCCACAGAAAAAAUCCAAAUAUUUCAGAAAUAAAGCUAAAAAAUGGCGUGAACUGGUCAAAAAUGAAAAAUGAAUCUAUAUUGCUCCAGUCAUGAGAUUAAAAUGAGACCUUCCUUCUGAACGAUUUUCCCCUAUUUUUCAAGUAGAAGUUAAUCAAUUAGUAAUACGGUUAUAAGGGGUAUCAUGAUACGCCUACCUUGUGUAUCGAUACAUAUGAUGAUACCUGAGGCAAGAUACAACACUAUCGCAAUAAUUAAUUUGCACUGUCUUUGUGGGUACUUCUCCAUGUUCCAAGUGGCCUGGCUAAUAAGAGUCAACCAGUUUAACUCCAAAGACUGGUUAUUUAAGAUUAGUUCUUUAAGUGUUAUGCAAUCAGUUUUAGUGUUUUGUUUUAAGAUAGGUGCCAAGGAAUUCAAGCCCUAAUUAUGAGACCAGGGCCCACUUGCACAAAGCAAUCUUAGCGCUAAGAUGAUCAUAACACCCAUACUUUAACAUAGGCUUACAAUAGUCUUAGCGCUAAGAUGAUCGUAACGCCCAUACUUUAACAUAGGCUUACAAUAGUCUUAGCGCUAAGAUCACUUUGUGCAAGUGGUCCCUGGUAAUUGAAAAUCUUUGUAAAUAUAACAUUUUGAAAAAUCGAUAAAUACCUCAAAUGUAAAUCGAUACAUGGGUAGGGGUAACAUACGCCGGAUCGGAAAGUUUAAGUUCAUGAUGCAUUUUAUCGGUACCUAUAUUUUAAGACAAUUUUUUGCGGAUACACAGCCCCAAUGAUGAGCCAGACAAUGAAACAAGCUGAACAAAAUGUUGAUCCACAUGAAACAUAGGGGGAAAAAGUGACAGAUAUAACUGAUAGACAUUUUGUAAUCAUCAGGUUUGAUUUUAAGCAAAUAUUUGUAAUUGUUUGUUUUAUUACAGAAUUAGAUGGCUGUGAGUUGAACAGUCUCAUCUGAAAUCGUUAAAAUAUUGUCCAAUUGUAUGUAGGCAGGUCAACCUGAUGGCAAUGCUUACAACUAACAAGUCACUUGUUUGUUUUGUUUGUUCAACAGAACAACGAUGUUUCAAUGGGAAUAAAAGACAUCUUGUUAAA